AUGACGAGCCCGGGGCGUCUCGGCAGUCCCACGAGCCCGGGGCGUCUCGGCAGUCCCACGAGCCCGGUCGGUAAGACGCUAGGAGGCAGCUUCGUGUCCGAGGAUGGCGAACCCGUCAUGUACAGCCCCGGUCCGGGAGCCAGCGGUGGAGUUCUCAAGAGCACCGCUUUCGAAGAGGAACAGAAUCGCAUGCUGGCCGCCAGGCGAAAAGCCCAGAAACAAGUGGAGGUGAUGGAGCAGAACGCGCUGAAGAAGCUCGAGCGGCAGGCUGCGGCGGAGGAGAAGGUUCGCCGAGCGAAGGAGCUGGAACGACAGCGAGCGCACGAGAAGGCUCUCGAGGACCAGAAGAAGGCGAAUGAGACCUUCAUCAAGCUCCAGCAGCUCAAGCUGAACCAAGAGAAGCUCGAGAAAGAGAAGCAGCGCAGGGCAGCGGAGAAACACGAGAGGGAGUUGGAGUUAAAGCGGCUACGCGAGGCUGAGGAGCGCAGAGCUCGUCAGGAGAAGAAGGAGAAGGAGGAGUUACGCAGGCAAAGGAACGCCGAGUUCCAGGCUCGCGUCGACGCGAUGCGUGCCGAGAAGAACAGGAAGAUAGCGCACAAGGCGCGGCUCAUGGAGGAGAAGGAGGCGGCGAGACUCGCAGCGAGGAGGAAAGAGGAACAGGAGAUUGCAGCUAAGAAUCAAGCGAUUCACUUGUUCCAGGCGCAGAAGCGUGAGCAGGCCAUAGUGCGCAGCGAGCAAACCACAGAGCAAUUCCGCACCAAGACCAUGAAGAAAACUACCGCCGCCGACAUGCGCUGGAAAGACCUCACGUCGAAGAAGGCUGCCAAGAUUCAGGACAUGAGGUCGAAGUUGUCCGAGCGGUCCCAGUACGUCUUGUCCCGCAACCAGGCAGCGAAGGACAUUGAGCAGAAGCGCAUCAACGCGCUCAUCGAACGAGCCGAAAAGGAAGAGGAACGCAUCAAGCUUAUCGCCGAUCGGCGCAAGCGCGAGGCCGCGAUGGAGACGCUCGAAAGGAGCUUGUCCGUGGAGGAAAAACGCGAGAAGGUUGAGUGCAUGAAGAGGUACAAGGAGUAUCAGCAGGCUCAGCUUCUCGAGAAGAUUGAGAGGGAUACCGCCCGCACCGUGGCGCUGCAAUCCGCAAAGGAGGAGCUUCGAAGGCAGCGCAGGGAGGAGAACAUGCGUGUCUCGCUCGAGAUCAAGAAGAUGCAGAAAGAAAUCGACUUGCGGGCCCUCAGGUCGAGUGCCAGGUCCAAGUUUGAGAUUCAGCAGAUGCAGAAGGAUAUCGACGAGUUUGGCCAUGGCGGGAUAAGGUCCAGGCCCGGCACUGCGGGACCCUCUUCCGUUUCUUCGCUGUAUCGCACGCCAGUGCACCCGCGUGAAGUCGGUGCACGCCGACCGGGGAGCGCACGACCAGAUUCGAAGCGUUCAGCUGGGAAUGUAGGGCGCCCAGGGAGCGCAAGACGCUGAGCCUCAAAUAAAGAAAUCUAUCCUUUCCAUCA